GGGGAUGCACAUUCGAUGAUGGUCCUGGGCCCUGUGACUACCACCAGGACUUGUAUGAUGAUUUCGACUGGGUACAUGUCAGCGCUCAAGAGCCUCACUAUUUGCCACCUGAAAUGCCUCAAGGAUCAUAUAUGAUAGUGAUUUCCUCAGACCAUGAUCCUGGAGAAAAGACUCGACUUCAGCUUCCAACGAUGAAAGAAAAUGAUACUCACUGCAUCGAUUUCAGCUACCUUCUGUACAGCAAGAGUGGAGCAAACCCAGGCACUUUGAACAUCCUGGUUAGGGUGAACAAAGGGCCGUUGGCUAAUCCCAUCUGGAAUGUCACUGGCUCCACUGGCAAAGACUGGCUUCGAGCGGAGUUGGCUGUCAGCACUUUCUGGCCCAAUGAGUAUCAGGUAAUAUUUGAAGCUGAAGUCUCAGAUGGCAGAAAUGGCUACAUUGCCAUUGAUGACAUCCAGGUCCUGAGUUACCCUUGUGAUAAAUCUCCACAUUUUUUGAGGCUGGGAGAUGUAGAGGUCAAUGCAGGGCAGAAUGCUACAUUUCAAUGCAUUGCUACCGGGAGAGAUGCAGUGAAUAACAAGUUAUGGCUCCAGAGAAGAAAUGGGGAAGAUAUUCCAGUUGCUCAGACUAAAAAUAUCAAUCAUAGAAGAUUUGCUGCUACCUUUAAGUUGCAAGAGGUGACAAAAACCGACCAGGAUUUAUACCGCUGUGUAACUCAAUCAGAGAGAGGUUCUGGAGUAUCAAAUUUUGCUCAACUUAUUGUUCGAGAGCCGCCUCGACCGAUAGCACCCCCACAGCUGCUGGGUGUUGGGCCCACGUACUUGCUCAUUCAGUUGAAUGCCAACUCAAUCAUCGGGGAUGGACCCAUUAUCCUGAAAGAAGUGGAGUACCGAAUGACGUCUGGGACUUGGACUGAAACCCAUGCUGUCAACGCACCAACAUACAAGCUCUGGCACCUAGACCCUGACACCGAAUAUGAGAUUCGGGUCCUGCUCACCAGACCGGGAGAAGGUGGGACUGGACAGCCAGGCCCACCACUCAUCACCAGGACCAAAUGUGCCG